UAUUUAAAGCUAAUAAAACAAAAGUUGUUGAAAAGAUUAACUAAUCUAAAACUAUAAAGCUAUUAAAAGAUAGCUAAGCUCAAAACUCCUCCGCUAAUCAAGCUUCGUGAAUUUAGGCCCAAUUGGACUACACUCGCCAGACCGUGCAAGGCCCUGCCUGAUCAGGCCCAGUAAACUUCACGCCCAGCAGCUUCUUUCUUCUUUGCUGAAAAUUUUACCCUACACCCUAGUGUAGGGUGUGUUCCCUACACCCCCCUAUCCUACGUCGUUUUGUAGCUAGUAUUGAAUUCUCAUGUGCAGCUUCUUUCCUUUUUUUUUUUUCCUUUUUUUCUUUUUUUCUUUUCUUCUUCUUUUUUCUUUUUUUCUUUGUUUCUUAUUAUUCAAGUUAUGUAUAUAUAUGAUUUUAAACCCUAUUUUUUCUCUCUCUUCAAUUGAUCAACCUCCAUUUUUUAUCUACAUUUUUCUCUCGCUAAUUCAUCUUCUUCAUUUGAUUUUUUGAACGAACUCGUUAAUUGUUACCGAUCAUCAAUGGCGAAUUCUGCAUCUGGAGAUUGCGUUGAUUUUGAUCGUGAUUGCGAGCGUGUGUUUCCUUCUGGAGUUCGUUUGGUUGAUUCGUUUGUGCAACAAUUGGAAAAAAAUGAUGAUAUUAUGUAUUUAGAAGCAGAACAGUCUGAAUUAAAGGAUAAAGAAUUUAAAUCUGAAGAUGAAGCUUUCGAAGCGUAUAAUGAAUAUGCUUUUAGGAAAGGUUUUGGAAUUCGAAUUGGGAAGAGUAAGAGAAGAAGAGAUGAUUCUUUUUUGAUGAAAAGAUUUGUUUGUUGUAAUGAGGGAUUCAAAGAUAAUAAGUGUAAGAAUAAAAGGAUUUAUGAGAAGUUGGAUCAUCGAACUGGUUGUUUAGCUUUUGUGCAGUUUCACAUUGAUCAUUUAGGGGUCUAUACAUGUACAAGACAUGAAAUGGUUCAUAAUCAUGCUAUGAUUCCUCCUGAAAAAAGGCAUUUGAUAAGGUCUCAAAGAGAUGUGAAUAAAGAGCAGCUUCUUUUCAUUUCAACAAUGAAAUUGAGUGGAGUCAAAGUUACUGAUUCUUUGAGGGUUCUAAAGAAGGAGGUUGGGGGAUCUCCUAAUCUUUGUUUUACUGCUUCUGAUGCUUAUAAUGCAUUGUCAUCUGAAAAAGCUGCCCAAAUUGAAGGAUGUGAUAGUAACCAAUUGAUUAAAUAUUUUGCCAAGAGACAUGUGGAUGAGGCAGAUUUUUAUUAUGAUUUUGAACAAGAUGAUAGUGGUGCUUUAGUUAGUUUUUUUUGGCGUGAUGGUAGGAUGAUGAGAGAUUAUCAUUACUUUGGAGAUUUGUUGGUUUUUGAUACAACUUAUAGAACUAAUAAAUAUGGAAUGAUAUGUGCUCCAUUUGUUGGGAUGAACCAUCAUGGUAACAAUGUCAUGUUUGGUAUGGGUUUUAUUCUUAAUGAGCGCACCGAGUCUUUUUAUUGUUUGUUUGAUAUAUUUUUGCACUCAAUGGGGAGGAAAAGUCCCAUUACAAUUAUGACUGAUCAAGCACAAGCGAUUGCAGCAGGUAUAAGAAACAUUUUUCCUUCAACUGUUCAUCAUCGUUUAUGUGUAUGACAUCUUGAACAAAAUUCUAAGAAACACAUUGGAGCAUUGAGAGCUUUGGAAGGCUUUACAGAUUUGUUUGGAUAUCUUUUGAAGUAUUGUGAAACUCCUGCUGAAUUUGAAUAUUUCUAGAAAAGGUAAAUUAUUGUUUUUUGUAUUUAUUUUUUAUUUUUAUUAUGUGAUAUAUUUGAUUAUUAUGUGAUAUAUAUAUGAACAUUUAGUGUUUUACAUAUGAUCAUACAAUUUACUUUGUUAUGUAUGUUAUCAUAAUAUUAUUAGUGUCCAUAUUGUUUAUGAUCAUUAUUCUUUAUACAAAUGUACAUAUUUUAAUUUAUAUUUUGUUCAUUUUUCAAUUAAUAUAUGAUCAUUUCUGUUAUACAGGAUGUGUGAU